UCACAGCUCAGUGCCAGGGAAGCCGCUGUGACGCCAUCACGGAACGAAUUGGGCACAGGGGGGCAGCCUGGCCCACACAGAGCAGCAGCAGCCAGUGGGACUGGGAAAUGGCCGGGCGGGAUCCAUGGAUCAGCAGCCCCGGGCAGCUGGGGCCAGGGAACGUGCAGCAGUGACACCAGGCCCAGGCCCUGGCUCCCAACUUCCAUUCAGGGAACCCAGCGAGCUACUUUUGUGGCUCUGGCUCUAGCCACUUUGCAGCCUGGGCUGCGGCUCCCAGCCUGGGAAGUAGGACUGACCUGCGCCAGAUGUUUCGGACACAGAGCGUGGAGAAUAUCCAGUUCCUGCCCUUUCUUACCACCGAUAUAAACAACCUGAGCUGGCUGAGCUACGGGUGCCUGAAGCAGGACUGGACGCUGAUCACCGUGAACACCAUCGGGGCGGCGCUGCAGAGUCUUUACAUCCUGGUGUACUUCUACUUCAGCCCCGAGAAGCGCCGGGUUCUGCUGCAGAGCACGGCCCUGCUGGGGGUGCUGAUCCUCGGCUACUGCUACUUCAACCUCCUGAUCCCCGACGUGGCCGUGCGCCUGGCCCGCCUGGGGCUCUUCUGCAGCGUCUUCACCAUCAGCAUGUACCUCUCGCCCCUGGCUGACCUGGCCAAGAUCGUCCGGACCAGGUCGACCCGGUGCCUGUCCUUCCCACUGACUGUGGCCACCUUCCUGGCCUCAGCCAGCUGGACGCUGUAUGGCUUCCAGCUCAGCGACCUCUACAUCAUGGUCCCUAACAUCCCCGGGAUAGUCACCAGCAUCCUGCGGUUCUGGUUAUUCUGGCAGUUCCCGCUGGACCAUGACAAGCUUUACAAGCCCCUGCAGGCCUGAGACCUGGAACCUGCCGUCUCCGCUGUCCUGGGGCAGGAAGGAACCUCACAGAGCCCUUCAGGUGGGGAGCCGGCAGCAGGUGCAGACCCAGCUCCUCAGCCCAAAUGAUUUCCCUCCCCCCAGUAUGUUCACUGACCAAUGAAGGGAGAAGGAGCCAAUGCUCACACUGUGAUUCUACCACCCUUGCCCCUGCCCUGGUGGAGGCCCCUGCCAGCCGCCCCUUAGGCCUGCCUUAGCCAAAGAGCCUACACGGGUACUGCCCCCUGCCUGGGGCUCUGCUGCUCCUGGGGGGCUCUGAGGAGCCAUGGCUGCCUUCCCAGCUGCCCCUUGCCGCAAGGGAUGGCUUCCGCCCCCAGCUCUCCUCUACCUCCAGCCAUUUUCAUUUUUCAUUAGUUUGCUUGAUUGGGAAUAGUGCCUUUGACACUGCAGCAGUGCCCCUGCCUCCCCCAUGCACCUGGCCGGCUCUGGGGACUUUCUUCCUCUCUCUCCUGUGCUCAGCCAUUCCAGGGGGGCUGUGGUGGGAGCCAAGUGCAGUGCUGGGGGGCUGCCCUCUUCUCUGUUGGAUGCCUUGGUUUGUAUUGCGGUUUGGUACGAGCAUAAGUGCCUUUUAAUAAAUCAAAGCCAGAG